GAGUUUCCACUGAAAAGCCCAAUUGUUAUGAAAGCUUUCAGGAAACCUGGACCAAGCCAACCAUCUGUAUAAAGUCAGGCACUUCAGCGCAAAACCCUCAGAAUCAUUUGAUAUCUAUCUACACUGAAGUCAAAGGCUAAAGAAUCACUUAAAAUGAAAUUGUGCUAUGGAUUAUUUCAGACCCGUGCCGCAUGGAUCCAGUUUGCCUUUAUCUGCUCAAUGCUGUGCAUGUGGACUAGUGUUGAGUCCUGGUCUUACGUCUACUCAAACGAAUCAAUGAAAUGGGAUGAUGCACGUAAAUGGUGCAAGGAGAACUACACAGACAUGGUGGCCAUCCAGAACCGGGAGGAGAUCGAGCAUCUUAACAACUGGCUGCCCAAAAAAAAAGGCUACUACUGGAUUGGGAUCCGUAAGAUCAAUGAUGUCUGGACCUGGGUAGGAACCAACAAAACUCUGACAGAAGAAGCGACGAACUGGGCAGAAGGAGAACCAAAUAAUGGCAAAGCUGGACAAAGUGUAGGAGUCACUGAGGACUGUGUGGAGAUGUACAUUAAACGAGACCAAAAUCCAGGCACGUGGAAUGACGAGAGGUGUAUGAAAAAAAAGACUGCUCUGUGCUACACAGCGGCUUGUAAGAAUGACUCCUGUUUGCAUGGAGAGUGUGUUGAAACCAUCAACAGCCACAAAUGUGAAUGCUUUGAAGGGUUUUUUGGAGACAAGUGUGGCCAAGUUGUGCAGUGUAACAAAAGUGAGGUGAUUGUCCCAGAUAAAGGACAUGUAAAUUGCUCUCACAAGCAUGGCAAUUUCUCCUAUGACUCGUUGUGUCAGUACUCCUGUGAGGAAGGAUACAAGCUGAGUGUGCAGACUCCUCUGAGGUGCACAGCCUCAGGAAAAUGGUCAGAUAAGCACCCUUCAUGUGAAUUGAUUCAGUGUGAGAAGAUGUCAGAGCCUACACAUGGAUCCAUGAAAUGCUCCAAUCCUCUGGGCUCAUUCAGCUAUCAGUCCACCUGUACUUUUACCUGUGAUGAAGGUUAUGUACUGUCUGCAUCUCCAUCUCUGCAAUGUGAAUCAUCAGGAAACUGGAAUGCAUCCCAGCCAUUCUGUGUUGCUGUCCAGUGCCCUGCUCUGCAAAAUUUGAAAAAUGGCUUUGUCAGCUGUGGAGAAGAUGCUGAUAUGAGGUUCAGCUACAAAAACACCUGCAGCUUCAGUUGUGACCAAGGUUACCAUUUAGUGGGAGCCAGUAGCGUGACCUGCACGUCAGGAGGUACAUGGAAUCAGCAGAUUCCUCACUGUGAAGCCAUCCUUUGCCAGAAUCCAGAGAGAGAAGCUCCCCUCAUCAUGCAGUGCAGUGACUCUGUGACUGAACUGCGACCAAACUCCACCUGCAGCUUCAGCUGUGAAGAAGGUUUUGAACUGCAGGGAGCAAACACCAUCAAGUGUUCUGAGGACGGACAGUGGAAUAAAAACAUACCUACAUGCAAAGUUGUUCGAUGCCCGUUGCUUGAGGCUCCUGAAAACGGUCACAUCAAUUGCUCCAGCACUGAGUCAGUUUACAACUCUCAGUGCUCCUUCACCUGUGACCAAGGCUACUUAUUAGAAGGACCUGAGCUGCUGACCUGUGAUAAUCAUGGCAACUGGACUGGAGAGAAACCCACCUGUCAAGCCAUCCUUUGCCAGAAUCCAGAGAGAGAAGCUCCCCUCAUCAUGCAGUGCAGUGACUCUGUGACUGAACUGCGACCAAACUCCACCUGCAGCUUCAGCUGUGAAGAAGGUUUUGAACUGCAGGGAGCAAACACCAUCAAGUGUUCUGAGGACGGACAGUGGAAUAAAAACAUACCUACAUGCAAAGAAAAACAAUGUCCUGCUCCAGAGGUCCCAAUACAUGGUCAGAUAAGCUGCAGCCCUUCUCUGUCUUCAUUUGUUAGUCAUGAGGCAACACAUCCAGUUGGCAUGGUUUGCAUUUUUACCUGUGAUGAAGGUUAUGUACUGUCUGGAUCUCCAUCUCUGCAAUGUGAAUCAUCAGGAAACUGGAAUGCAUCCCAGCCAUUCUGUGUUGCUGUCCAGUGCCCUGCUCUGCAAAAUUUGAAAAAUGGCUUUGUCAGCUGUGGAGAAGAUGCUGAUAUGAGGUUCAGCUACAAAAACACCUGCAGCUUCAGUUGUGACCAAGGUUACCAUUUAGUGGGAGCCAGUAGCGUGACCUGCACAUCAGGAGGUACAUGGAAUCAGCAGAUUCCUCACUGUGAAGCCAUCCUUUGCCAGAAUCCAGAGAGAGAAGCUCCCCUCAUCAUGCAGUGCAGUGACUCUGUGACUGAACUGCGACCAAACUCCACCUGCAGCUUCAACUGUGAAGAAGGUUUUGAACUGCAGGGAGCAAACACCAUCAAGUGUUCUGAGGACGGACAGUGGAAUAAAAACAUACCUACAUGCAAAGCAAAAGGAUGUCCUGCUCCAGAGGUCCCAACAAAUGGUCAGAUAAGCUGCAGCCCUUCUCUGUCUUCAUUUGUUAGUCAUGAGACACCCCAUCCACUUGGCAUGCUUUGUAAUUUUACAUGUGAUGAAGGACAUGAGCUGCAAGGUGCACACAGCAUGGAGUGUACACAUCCAGGCCAAUGGACCUCCAGAUCACCAAUCUGCACAGCUGUUACAUGUUUGUUGCUUGAGGCUCCUGAAAACGGCCACAUCAAUUGCUCCAGCACUGAGUCAGUUUACAACUCUCAGUGCUCCUUCACCUGUGACCAAGGCUACUCAUUAGAAGGACAUGAGCUGCUGACUUGUGAUCACCAUGGCAACUGGACUAGAGAGAAACCCACCUGUCAAGCCAUCCUUUGCCAGAAUCCAGAGAGAGAAGCUCCCCUCAUCAUGCAGUGCAGUGACUCUGUGACUGAACUGCGACCAAACUCCACCUGCAGCUUCAGCUGUGAAGAAGGUUUUGAACUGCAGGGAGCAAACACCAUCAAGUGUUCUGAGGACGGACAGUGGAAUAAAAACAUACCUACAUGCAAAGCAAAAGGAUGUCCUGCUCCAGAGGUCCCAACAAAUGGUCAGAUAAGCUGCAGCCCUUCUCUGUCUUCAUUUGUUAGUCAUGAGACACCCCAUCCACUUGGCAUGCUUUGUAAUUUUACAUGUGAUGAAGGACAUGAGCUGCAAGGUGCACACAGCAUGGAGUGUACACAUCCAGGCCAAUGGACCUCCAGAUCACCAACCUGCACAGUUGUUCGAUGCCCGUUGCUUGAGGCUCCUGAAAACGGUCACAUCAAUUGUUCCAGCACUGAGUCAGUUUACAACUCUCAGUGCUCUUUCACCUGUGACCAAGGCUACUCAUUAGAAGGACCUGAGCUGCUGACCUGUGAUCAUCAUGGCAACUGGACUGGAGAGAAACCCACCUGUCAAGCCAUCCUUUGCCAGAAUCCAGAGAGAGAAGCUCCCCUCAUCAUGCAGUGCAGUGACUCUGUGACUGAACUGCGACCAAACUCCACCUGCAGCUUCAGCUGUGAAGAAGGUUUUGAACUGCAGGGAGCAAACACCAUCAAGUGUUCUGAGGACGGACAGUGGAAUAAAAACAUACCUACAUGCAAAGAAAAACAAUGUCCUGCUCCAGAGGUCCCAAUGCAUGGUCAGAUAAGCUGCAGCCCUUCUCUGUCUUCUUUUGUUAGUCAUGAGGCAACACAUCCAGUUGGCAUGGUUUGCAUUUUUACCUGUGAUGAAGGUUAUGUACUGUCUGGAUCUCCAUCUCUGCAAUGUGAAUCAUCAGGAAACUGGAAUGCAUUCCAGCCAUUCUGUGUUGCAAAAGGAUGUCCUGCUCCAGAGGUCCCAACAAAUGGUCAGAUAAGCUGCAGCCCUUCUCUGUCUUCAUUUGUUAGUCAUGAGACACCCCAUCCACUUGGCAUGCUUUGUAAUUUUACAUGUGAUGAAGGACAUGAGCUGCAAGGUGCACACAGCAUGGAGUGUACACAUCCAGGCCAGUGGACCUCCAGAUCACCAACCUGUACAGCUGUUACAUGUUUGUUCCUUGAGGCUCCUGAAAACGGUCACAUCAAUUGUUCCAGCACUGAGUCAGUUUACAACUCUCAGUGCUUCUUCACCUGUGACCAAGGCUACUCAUUAGAAGGACAUGAACUGCUAACCUGUGAUCACCAUGGCAACUGGACUGGAGAGAAACCCACCUGUCAAGCCAUCCUUUGCCAGAAUCCAGAGAGAGAAGCUCCCCUCAUCAUGCAGUGCAGUGACUCUGUGACUGAACUGCGACCAAACUCCACCUGCAGCUUCAGCUGUGAAGAAGGUUUUGAACUGCAGGGAGCAAACACCAUCAAGUGUUCUGAGGACGGACAGUGGAAUAAAAACAUACCUACAUGCAAAGAAAAACAAUGUCCUGCUCCAGAGGUCCCAAUACAUGGUCAGAUAAGCUGCAGCCCUUCUCUGUCUUCUUUUGUUAGUCAUGAGGCAACACAUCCAGUUGGCAUGGUUUGCAUUUUUACCUGUGAUGAAGGUUAUGUACUGUCUGCAUCUCCAUCUCUGCAAUGUGAAUCAUCAGGAAACUGGAAUGCAUCCCAGCCAUUCUGUGUUGCUGUCCAGUGCCCUGCUCUGCAAAAUUUGAAAAAUGGCUUUGUCAGCUGUGGAGAAGAUGCUGAUAUGAGGUUCAGCUACAAAAACACCUGCAGCUUCAGUUGUGACCAAGGUUACCAUUUAGUGGGAGCCAGUAGCGUGACCUGCACAUCAGGAGGUACAUGGAAUCAGCAGAUUCCUCACUGUGAAGCCAUCCUUUGCCAGAAUCCAGAGAGAGAAGCUCCCCUCAUCAUGCAGUGCAGUGACUCUGUGACUGAACUGCGACCAAACUCCACCUGCAGCUUCAGCUGUGAAGAAGGUUUUGAACUGCAGGGAGCAAACACCAUCAAGUGUUCUGAGGACGGACAGUGGAAUAAAAACAUACCUACAUGCAAAGCAAAAGGAUGUCCUGCUCCAGAGGUCCCAACAAAUGGUCAGAUAAGCUGCAGCCCUUCUCUGUCUUCAUUUGUUAGUCAUGAGACACCCCAUCCACUUGGCAUGCUUUGUAAUUUUACAUGUGAUGAAGGACAUGAGCUGCAAGGUGCACACAGCAUGGAGUGUACACAUCCAGGCCAAUGGACCUCCAGAUCACCAACCUGCACAGUUGUUCGAUGCCCGUUGCUUGAGGCUCCUGAAAACGGUCACAUCAAUUGUUCCAGCACUGAGUCAGUUUACAACUCUCAGUGCUCUUUCACCUGUGACCAAGGCUACUCAUUAGAAGGACCUGAGCUGCUGACCUGUGAUCAUCAUGGCAACUGGACUGGAGAGAAACCCACCUGUCAAGCCAUCCUUUGCCAGAAUCCAGAGAGAGAAGCUCCCCUCUUCAUGCAGUGCAGUGACUCUGUGACUGAACUGCGACCAAACUCCACCUGCAGCUUCAGCUGUGAAGAAGGUUUUGAACUGCAGGGAGCAAACACCAUCAAGUGUUCUGAGGACGGACAGUGGAAUAAAAACAUACCUACAUGCAAAGCAAAAGGAUGUCCUGCUCCAGAGGUCCCAACAAAUGGUCAGAUAAGCUGCAGCCCUUCUCUGUCUUCAUUUGUUAGUCAUGAGACACCCCAUCCACUUGGCAUGCUUUGUAAUUUUACAUGUGAUGAAGGACAUGAGCUGCAAGGUGCACACAGCAUGGAGUGUACACAUCCAGGCCAAUGGGCCUCCAGAUCACCAACCUGUACAGUUGUUCGAUGCCUGUUGCUUGAGGCUCCUGAAAACGGUCACAUCAAUUGCUCCAGCACGGAGUCAGUUUACAACUCUCAGUGCUCCUUCACCUGUGACCAAGGCUACUCAUUAGAAGGACCUGAGCUGCUAACAUGUGAUCAUCAUGGCAACUGGACUGGAGAGAAACCCACCUGUCAAGCUCCUGCUCCAGUUACUGCAGUUACUGCUGGUGUUGCCACAGGAGGGAUUGCCUUGUUAUCUGGUGUGUCUAUGGCUAUGUGGGUCUUUAAAAAAUUGAAGAAAUCAAAAAACCUUGAACAGAUGUUAGUUGAUUGUAACACACUGAUAGCUACGCUGAUUGUGUUUGCCGUAGACUUGAGUAGUAGGAGAGGAGGUGCGCAGGCAUGGACGUACAACUACAGCACUGGUCCAAACCAGAACUGGUACGAGGCUCGCAAGUGGUGCCAGAAGUACUUCACGGAUAUGGUUGCCAGUCGGAACCAAGAGGAGACUAAUUUCCUCAAUGAUCUGCUGCCAUUUAAUCCAAAAUAUUACUGGAUAGGGAUUCACAGAGUGGCUGGAUUGUGGACCUCAGUAAACACCAGUCAGAGUGUACCUGAAGAGGCUCAAAACUGGGCAUCAGCAGAGCCAGAUACCAUAAGCCGUCAGGACUGUGUGGAGAUAUACAUUAAAAGGGGGACAGACACAGCCAAGUGGAACAAUGAGAACUGUAAUAAGUUGAAAGGAGCUCUCUGCUACACCGCCUCUUGCAAACAGGAGUCUUGCAGUGCUCAUGCAGACUGUGUGGAAAGCAUUGGAAGCCACAUCUGCAAGUGCCAUCCUGGUUUCCGAGGCCUACGCUGUGAAGAGGCGAUCACAUGCAAACCUUUUCCGCAUCCAGAUCAAGGCUCUCACCGCUGUUCUAAUCCCUAUGGGUCUAAUCAUUUUAACUCUUCCUGCCAUUUUCUCUGUGAAGUUGGAUUUCGGUUAAUAGGCGCGCCUCAACUGAUUUGCCAAGCCAAUGGGCUCUGGAACCACCCUGUUCCUCUGUGUCAAGUUGCACAGUGUCCAAAUUUGAAAUACACCAACUUCAGUGCGAGUAGCAUGAACUGCAGCCACCCCAUCGCACCCUUCAGCUACAACUCAACCUGUGAAUUCAGUUGUGAUGAAGGCUAUGAACUGAUUGGGCAGAACCAGAUCAUCUGUGAGCACACUGGCCAAUGGACAGCCACUGUUCCAGUAUGUACAGUGAGAAAAUGCUCCCCAGUUUUCUCUCCUGCUAUGGGCCACAUGACCUGUGUUGACCCCGUGGAGCCUUUCUCUUAUGGCUCAUGGUGCAACUUCACCUGCAAGGAGGGUUACUAUUUAACUGGGGACAAGGUACUCCUCUGUCUGACCUUGGGACAAUGGAGCAAACCUACACCUACAUGCACAGUGGUGCAGUGCAACAGUCUUCAGGCUCCACCUCAUGCCUAUCUGCAAUGCCAAGACCCUAUAAACAAGCACAGCUACACCUCAAUAUGCACUGUUCAGUGUGAAGAAGGAUUUGAUCUAAUUGGUACAAAUGUGACAAAAUGUUCUUCACAGGGUAACUGGAGUCAUGCACUUCCUGUUUGCCUGGCUAAGAGAUGUACUCCAAUUAGUUCUCCUUCUCAUGGCUCCAUAUCAUGUUCUGACCCAAAUGGUUCCUUCAGUUUUGGUUCUCGGUGCACAAAAACAUGUGAUGAGGGGUUUGUGCUGAAUGGGACAUCCAGCACUGAGUGCACCUCCAUGGGCAAGUGGAGUACAGAUAUUCCACCGUGCUUGGUUAAGAAAUGCCCCACACUGAACUCUCCUGCUCACGGAUCCAUAAAUUGCUCUCAUCCUCAUGGAGAGUUCAGUUUUGGUUCUCGUUGCAUGACAACGUGUGAUGAGGGUUUUGUCUUAAAUGGGACUGCUGUCACUGAGUGCACAGCUAUGAGCAACUGGAGCACAGACAUCCCACAUUGCUUGGCUAAGAAAUGCCCCACACUGAACUCUCCUGCUCACGGAUCCAUAUUUUGCUCUCAUCCUCAUGGAGAGUUCAGUUUUGGUUCUCGUUGCACGACAACGUGUGAUGAGGGUUUUGUGCUGAAUGGGACAUCCAGCACUGAGUGCACCUCCAUGGGCAAGUGGAGUACAGAUAUUCCACCGUGCUUGGUUAAGAAAUGCCCCACACUGAACUCUCCUGCUCACGGAUCCAUAAAUUGCUCUCAUCCUCAUGGAGAGUUCAGUUUUGGUUCUCGUUGCACAACAACGUGUGAUGAGGGUUUUGUGCUGAAUGGGACUGCUGACACCGAGUGCACAGCUAUGAGCAACUGGAGCACAGACAUACCUCAAUGUCUGGCUAGACGGUGUCCCACUCUGAGCUCACCCUCUCAUGGGUCCUUAGUCUGCUCUAAUCCCCACAGAGAGUACAGUUUUGCUUCUGUGUGCACAUCAACAUGUGCAGAAGGUUUUGUGCUAAAUGGUACAGCUAUCACAGAGUGCACACCUCAAGGCAGGUGGAACAGAGACAUUCCCCAUUGCUUAGCUGAAAGGUGUCCUAUUCUCACUCCUCCUUCUCAUGGGACUUUAGACUGCUCUCAUUCUCAUGGUGAGUUCAGUUUUGGCUCCAGGUGCACAUCAACCUGUGAGGACGGCUUUCUACUCACUGGCAUGGCUGACACUGAAUGCACCUCUGCGGGCACAUGGAGCACAGAAAUACCAGCCUGUCAGGCACGCCAAUGCCCCCUGCUGGCCAAAUCACCACAGCACGGAAGGAUGAACUGUAGCCAUCUGAACUCUCCUUUCAGUUAUGGCUCACAAUGUGACUUUAAAUGUAAUAAAGGUUUCUGGCUGAAAGGAACAUCAGCUAUGAUGUGCAACACCUCAGGUUACUGGAAUCAGGAUCCACCCAUCUGUCAACCUGUACAGUGCAAGGCCAUCCGUGCCUUCUCCUCAGACCUGUCUAUGAAUUGCUCUCAUCCUCUGGGGAAUUUCAGCUUUAGCUCUGAAUGCGUUUUCAGCUGUAAAGAUGGAUUCACCCUCAAUGGCACAGCAGUGAUACUUUGCUCUGCCACUGGGAUCUGGAGUGACAGCCUGCCCAGCUGCACAGGUAUGUCGAUAGGGACUGCCAUGUUGCUGUACACUGGCGCAGGGACGGGAAUUGCUGUUGGGAUACUUCUCCUGAUAGGACUGACUAUGCUGAUCAUGAAACAAUUAAAGAAAACAGGAAAUAUGAUCACUUCUGAUGUCCCGACAUGGGGUGAAAGAGAGAAUCCAGCAUUUGAGUUUUGACCUGUUGUUCCUUUUUUGAGAUGUGAUUUUACUUUUUGCUUGCUAUUAUUAUUAUUCUAAGAAGUUUGGUAGUUACUGCAUCUACUUGCUCCCGCAUAAGCAAUAGCAAUUCAUAAUACAGACUUCAUCCAUGAUACAUUAAGUAUGUCUACAGCUGUUGCAUUAGGUCCUCCCUGUAAAUUUCCAAAAGUAAAUAAAAUUCAAAAACAUCUCAGAAAACA